AUGGAUGCCAACUUUUGUUACAACGAUUAUAAUAACAUAGAUAGUUAUGUAAAUAAUUUUACUGAUAACUCAUAUAUUAAUGAUAAUGGAAAUUAUGAAAAUUAUUACAAAGGUUACAAUGAUUUUGAAAAUGAAAUUCACUUGUAUGAAGAACAUAUUGAAGAUGAUAAUAAUGCCUAUAGUUUUCCUUUAAGCAAUACAAACAAUAAUUCCAUAAUAUUUUCUGGAAAUGUAAACACAAAUAUUAAUAAUAUCACUACUAUGAAUAUAAAUGAUGGUAGCGUAUCCAUCAAUUCAGGGUUCACUCCCUUGGAUGGAAAACUAAGUUAUAGUAAUUCUAAUAAUGAUAUUAGUCAAAACAGAAAAAGGAAAGGUCAAAAUGAUGAAAAUAAUAAUAAAAAACAUAAACGAAGGAAUUGUUGUAUAAUAUGCUCAAAAAAUAGUACUAAAUAUAAAUUUACAUGUUGUUAUGAAUAUUAUUGCUCAUUAGUAUGUUAUAGAACACAUAAUACAAAAGAAUGUUUUGAAAAAAAUAAAAAAAAACUUAAUUUGGAUAAAAAUUCCAAUCAUAAUUCUGUAUUUAAUUCUGAAUGUCACCAAAUCCGGGAAACAGAUGAUACAGACAAUGCAGAGCCCGUUUUAUUAUCAGAAAAACAAAAAAAUAGAUUAAAAGAAGAUUUAGCAUUGCGAUUAUUACUCAAAAAUAAUUAUGUUCGUUCCAUUUUUAAACAAUUUACUAUAUCCAAAGAUAAAAUUACAUAUUUAUCACAUUGCAUAAAUGAUCCAACAAUUGUUCAAGUGAUUGAUCAUAUCAUGAAAACUAUAGACUGUUAA